AUGGGCACAUUCCGCAAUAACAAUGAUCCAAUGUCCCGAGGUGAUAAUACAAAUAAUUCAAAUUUCCCACCAUUUGGAAUGAAUCUUGGAGGCGGCGGCGGUAAUGCAACAAAUUUCAAUCCUCAACCACAACAACCAUUAUUCAGUCAAGGACAGCAAUCAAGAUUUAAUAAAAAUAACAGGCAGCAACCAAAUUUUACCACUGGCAAGGGAGAACAUUGGAAUUAUUUUGGCAAUAGCAACAACAAUAAUUCGCGCAAUAAAAAUAGCAUCUUUGAUAGGCUUGAUAAAAAGCCUACAUUUGGUGGAGGAGUAGGAGGAGGUAAUAACACAAACAAGCAGAAUAAAUUUGAGGAUGAUUUUAUUAGAGGUGGGGGUGUCGGUGGUGUCAGUGGUGGAGUAGUUCCAGAGAAUAAUAAAAACCAAAACUGGAACAAUAAUCGAAAUUUUGGUCCUAACACCAACAACAACUAUGCAGACAAUGUUGGGGGAGGAAGGGCCAAUAAUUUUAAUGGUCCUUCAAAUGAUUGGGAUGAUUCGGCCAAUGAUUUCAAAGGUGGUGGGGGAGCUGGAACAGGUGUUGGUUGGAGAAAUAAUAAUAACCGAAACUUUGAGCCGGAUAAGCCCAUAAAUGGAGGACGUAAUAACAAUGAUGUCUAUAACCAAAAUGAAUUUAGAUCUGUUGGUGGACAAGCAAACUUUGGAUCUGGCAAUAUGAUGGAGGGCAAAAAUAUCAAUACCCGCUGGGGUAAUAACACUAGUAGCAGUAGUACAAACAUGGAGCCAAAUCUUUCAAGAAAAAAUAACACGAAUUUUGAGGGUGUUGGUGGUAGUAAUAACAAUUGGAAUAAUUUUCCUCAACGUAAUCCCAUUGACUUUGAAACAUUCAAAAAUUUUGGAAAUGGAGCUCGUCAAAAUAAUUCAUGGGAUUUAGAAGGUCGGAACAACAGCAACAAUAUGAGCAAUGAUUUUGAUAUUUUUCCCAAUGGACCACCGGAAAGAAAUCGAAAUUUUGUACCCAAUAAUUUUGGACCUCCUCCCAGCAGUUUACCACCAAAUGAUGAUUUCAAUGUGAAUUUUGGAAACAGAGAAUUUGAGGAAUUAGAUAAAGAUAACAAUUGGAAUCCACAAAUUAAUAAUUUGGAAUCUACUAUCAACAACAUUCCUAUUCGUGGAAAAAAUUAUAGUAUGCCGGAUAGAAAUCAUGAGCAGGACAACUUUAGAGGUGGUGGUGUACGGCCACAAGAUGACGUUAGCUUUUCGCAACGAAAACGAUUACCAGAAGAUUUGGCAAAUCAGCACAAUCCCAAUAAUCGGAAUUAUAGGGGUCCUAUGGAUAGGAAUUAUCCAAUAACCAAUGUUAAUGAUCCAGAAGAAGAAGAGUUACUACGCAAGAGACAAAGGAGAAAUAGCGCCACUAGUGAGGAAACAUUUAGAAGAAGAGGUACCAGUUACGAUAGACAUUUCCCCAAUAGUGAUUAUGAUGAUGACUCACAAAGAUUCGGUCGGAACAAACGACGUGAUUCAUUUUCCGAACGUAAUGAUAGACGACAGCAUCAUCAUAACGAUGACGAUGAUUAUAAUGUGGAUGUCAACGAUAGUGGCAGCGAAUCGGAACGUUUUCCCCGUGGUAAACCCAAGCUAUCCAUAUAUAAGGGUAAAUUAUAUCUAAAAACAUAUCCCAAUGGUCCAACAAAACUUAAUCCAUCAGUAUAUUGGAGAAAUUGGUGGCCAAAAUAUGUCUACAUCGAGACUAGCAUUGAACAAAUCGAUAAAAAUGAUGAAGAGAUCAAAUCGAAGCUGAAAUUCAUACCAAAAACUGAUGACAUACUCGCCGAAGCAAUGGAUUUUGUUGAGACGUCUUUGCUUACAUAUCUGAAUGCCACAAGGGAUAUGGAUGAGACAAAUUUCCGUGAUCGUGAUCUGCGCACAUUGCUGAGAUUACGCGGAACAGUCCAUUAUAUUCUGUUUAAUGUGGCAAUGACGAAAGCAAAUCGUGACCGUUGUCGUACAAUUUUACACAUGAUGAAUCAUAAAGUUAAGCUGACAUAUAUCUAUCAGGAUAUUAUCGAGUUUUGGCAUCGUUGCCAGGAAACGGUAAAACGUUUUGAAAAUGCUGAAAUUUCCCUAUCGGAUCAAGUGACACAGGCCUAUGCUAUAUUGAGUGAUCGUUUGUAUAUUUAUUUCCUGUAUGAAUCAAUUAUUAAAUUGAAGGUCAUAUGUUUAUCGGAAUAUGAUUAUUUUCUCAAAUUUUAUAAACGUUUACAAAGGAAACUUAAUAUCAAACCCCCCAAACCGGUUAAGUGA